CAUAGCUAAAUAAGGACGAGAGCGAUGUAAAUAUAACACUUUGUGUAGCUCUGAAAUGGGUCAUAACUUGUUCCUACCCGGUACUAAUCAGACGACAUGGCUAGUACCAGCGAGACACCUACUGUAAUGGCUAACGACAGCCUCGAUGGGGAUGCUAUACUGAAGCAGAUACAGGAGAAGGGAUAUGCCGUCGUUCCUAAUGUCCUCACACACGAGGAGUGUGAUAGAUAUAUUGGCCAGUACAAAUCAUGGCUUCAAAAGUUCGAGGACUUAGGAGUGGAAUGUUCCAGCAGGAAUUCCGUUAUACAGUCCUACAGAACCGGCCACUUCGCAGCCUCCUGGGAAGUCCGACUCAAGGCCAAACCUGUCUUUGCAAAAGUUUGGAAAACUGAAAAGCUGUUGUCAAGCGCAGAUGCCAUAGCAAUAUCUAAACCUCCAGAGGAAGGAAGUGACGAAUACGCAGAUCCGGAUAAAGAAUGGUUACAUUUGGACCAGGGUGUACGCAGGGAGGGUCUCCAUGCCUUCCAAGGAGGAGUCUAUUUAGAGGAGACCACUGAAACAGACCAUUGUUUCCGGGUCAUGGCACAUUCUCACCUGUACCAUAGAGUUUUCUUUGAUACUUUUCCGGGGGCUGCUACAAGGUCAAGAGUGAGAGGAGAGUUCUUAAAACUGAGCAAGGCACAAAAAGCAUGGUAUGACGAUAGAGGAUGCAAACGAACCAAAGUGCCAGUUCCCAAGGGAGGUAUGGUACUGUGGGAUUCGCGAACAGUUCACGACAAUAUGAAACCGGUAUUUGGCAGACCCAACAAAGAUAGGUGGCGCUUUGUCGUAUUUGUUUCCAUGACCCCCGCAAAAUGGGCAUCUCCAGAGACGAUUGGGAAGAAAAACAAGGCGUAUGAUAAACUUUUGACCACCGCUCACUGGGGUUCACAAGGUGUUCGAAAUUUCAAACCGUUCACCCCAAAACCUGAAGAAGCUGAUCUUACAAUUUCCACACAACCCGACAUCGCAAGAACCAAAGAAGCAAGGCUGUUGUUUGGAAAGGAAGAAUACAACUUUGAAGAUGGAAAACCAAACGGACCUAAGGAACCAAUAUGGCUGUGAUCACUUUACAAACUAAUAAAAAGAUCUCGCGAUCUACUUGUUCAAUAAGGGACAAAAGCUAGGUUUUGGUCUCGUAGUGCUUCACCUAACACGUGUUUCUCAUAGAAAAUACACUUUUUAUUGAUAUUGUAAGUAAUUGCCGAUCACUUUGGUAAGAAUCAUGUAACACAUAUAGGCCACAUGUCAGUGAAUUUAUUGUUAAUUAUGUUUUGUGCGAGUGUUUGUUUUAGUAUAUGUGUAUGUGUAUGUAGGUAUGUAGUGUUUGUAUAUGUGUAUGUUUAUGUAUAUGUAGGUAUGUAGUGUAUGUAUAUGUAGUGUAUGUAUGUAGUAUAUGUAUAUGUAGUAUAUGAAUACAACCUUGUGCCAUGGUAUGUUACAUUGUCACUUAUUUCUAGGUCCUUUCUCUUCAUGAUCUUUUUAAAAGUAUAUUUCUUUUCGUUUUUGUUUUUUGCUGGUAUAUUCUUCACAUACGUCUGCAUCACUACGCAAUGUUAAGUUAUUGAGAAUCUCUCAUUUCAAUAUUAAAUCUCAUUUAAGCGAGAAUGCGUUUGCGAGAACGAGUAUACGAUGUGUUUGCAUGAGGGUUUGAUUGGUCACUGAAACGGUGAGUGGAAACGGAUACAUAUGGGUGGUGUAUUCAGAAAAAAAUCGAAAAUAUCAUUUUGAUAAAAGGGACGCAAUUAUAGGAAAUAAAACUUGUAUUGUAUGAAUGUGACUGGAGAAAAUGUAAUGAAAAUGAACGAGUGGAAGUAUCCAUGGUGGAAGAGGUGCGAGCCCUAGGUCGCAACCCAGACAUUCGUCCAAAUCCAACUAUUUAAUAGAUGCACAUCAUUUAUUAUUUAACUCUGAAUAAGCUUUUUGAAUAAAUAUUAAUAAAA